GUGAAAUGCACCGGCAACCCAGGCACCGGAGAGCCGUGUAGCAAUUGCGGAAGACUUGAAUUGGCAUGCCCUUUCGCUGAGAAGCAGCAAGAAACCGUCCAGGCUCCGGCAGAGGACAAGAUUUCGAGGAUAAAGCCUUCACACAGCCAUACUGAGGCGGGCACUCUUCGGAAGAGGGCUCAGAGGGCCUGCAACCAAUGCCAUUCACAAAAGACCAAGUGCUCUGGCGAUCUACCUAGGUGUAAGCGAUGUGAGGCUGGCGAUCUCAAGUGUGAAUACACUCCCGCCAAGCGACGAUUUGCAAAUGUCCGCCUUCAGUCAGAAUCGAAGAGCGAGGAGCCGCCAACGCCAACGACCGUUGCAGCGAGCCCCCCCAGCCCUUCCCUAGCUCCCAAGAAGGAAAGGAGUCCCUUUUUGAGCCCACGAGGGAAGGACGGCAAGCCUAGCGAAUACUUUCCGCUGAUGAUCGACACCUCGAAUCUAAGCUCCCAGUAUGAUUGUUCCUUUGCCUUGCUCCCCACUGUCUUCUCUACUAAUGGCUCUCUCAGGGAGCUACUCACACGCAAGCAUAUCAUCCUCCGCCAUCUGGAUGCAUACUUCGAGCAUAUCUACUGGCUGCCAUGCAUGGGCUACUUUCACCCCGAAACCGCCCGCCGGCAAGUUCACGAGGGAACAUUUGACGCACCCACCGCAGCAGCUGUGUGUGCAAUUGCAAGCUUCUUCGUCAACCCCGGCGACGGGGCCAAAGAGUUCAGCCUGAAGUGCCUGGAUGAGGUGGAAUUCUUCUUCUUCCGGAACAUUCAUAAAUUUUCCGAGGCUGUACUCAUCCCGUACUCUCUCAUUAUAUCGUUUAAUUUCCUCAAUGGCUCGUUUGCCAAAGUCUGGCAAACGCUUGGUAUCGCCAUUCGUUUGGUCACCGGCAUGCAGCUGAACUGGGACUACGUCAUGCAGCAUCGGUCCUUUCAAGACCAGGAGCGAUUGCGGCGGGUCGCCUGGCAGUUUUUCGUCUUGGAUCGCAUGCUAGCUGGCGGCUACGAAGAGUAUAUUUCAUGCCGGGCUGACAUAAUGAAGAUCCGCCUUCCAUGCCAGGAAGAGGCCUUCUGGGAGAACAAGCCCAUAACCGCCGAGAGACUCCAUGAGAAACCGGCAAGUUGCAAAGGGAUCGGCCUCCAUGGGUUGAAUGUCCGCCUUGCCGACAUCAACCAUAGGAUCCAAUCGUGGUCAAAAAGGCUCACGCAGCGGGUUUCUCUCGAGCCUUCCAAGGUAAUGGAGGAUAUCAACAACUUCCAGAAUGAGCUUACAUGGUUCCAUGCUUCUAUCCCCAACGAUAUCAGAUUAAGUGAUCAAAGCCUCUCAAAGUUCAUGGCAUCUUCUGAGCGAGUUGGUUAUGUUUAUUUCCAUACGCAUUUAUCAGUUGGCCACAUUGACUUGUAUCGUUUUGCCCUUCCAGGCAUCCUGGAUUCAACGAAGAACGAUAUUCUCCGCCGUCUACCUCCAGAUUUCGUUCAGAGGGCCAGAAAGCAGGUCGUUGCUCACGCUCUGUGCACGGGCCGUUUCUGUGUCGCUAUACAGGACGAAAUGGACCGACUAGCAAAGUCAGGCAUUACUGGUUUUGCUGGUGAUGCUACGAUUGCUCACAUGGCAACACAGUCCCUUCGCGUCUUCCUAGUCGCCAUACAACAUGAAAUCUAUGACGAUUUAACAGAAGGCACAACAGCGCCAUUGUGGCGCUUUCAACAGCCAGAUGAGGCGUAUAUUCGAUCACUCAUCAUCAAUGGCCUCUUCCGUGUGUCUGAACCAUGGUGUCCAGUUCUGGUAGCCUGUCAACAGUCUCAUGCCAGUAACAAAGCCAUGUUCGAAGAAUUCGAGAAAACCAAGAGAUUUACUGACGCAAAGGAUGCCUACCGCAAUAAGCUCAAAGCUACCGACAGCUCGGCACGCCUCCCAGGGCCGCAUUAUAUUCUCGAGAAUGCCAAUCACGGUGUCGCCGAGCAAGACCAACGUGCCCGAGCUUCUGAAGCAGCAGUCGCCAAACGCUGGUUUAACGAACCAAAACAACAGGCAGAGCCAAUGGCCUAUCCACCAGCCGAUCUUGACUUUGACAUGGAAUAUGGGCCCCCAGGUAUCCCCAUGAUGCUUGCUGUUGCCAGAAAUCCGGACACGGGACGAAGUGACAACAAUGUCAACUUCCUGUAUGACGGUGACCGGGAGGCCACAGCCCUCCUGCAAGACAAGGUCUGGCUCAAUGGUGGAAUCAUUGCACCUGACAGCGGCCAAAUGGCUUAUGUUGCAACUCACGCUGGAGUUCCUUUCAUGCAGAUAGGCUCAACCGAUCCAAAUAUGAUGUUUCCGCCACCGCAGCCUCCCCCUCCCCCGCCAUCAACUUUGCCUCAUUCAACUACAGCACCAUUCGUCCCUAGCCAAGCUGGUAUAUAUAUGGACACCUGGGCCGCGCCGCCAUACGAAAAUCUUCACUCCGCUCCGUACAUGCGACAACCUAACUUUAACUAA